AUGUUUCUCGAAAGUUUUCUCACAGUUCACUUUUUUUUUCGAACGAUUUUGUAUGAGGCUGUUGUUUUAGAUGUGAGCGGUGGAGCGCUGUUCGGGAUGAGCUGCGAGGGGCACCAGGAGCAGCUUUCCGAGUGGUCGCACUGCAUCAUACCGCACGGUGAUCUCGCUGAUGCUGUCAGUAAUUUCCUAAAAAGUGUCAAGGACUACGGAUGCAAGGUUACUGAGAAGAAAUUUCGAGAAAUUGAGAUUCGAAAACUGAAUGAUUAUCUCUCACCAAAAGAACAAAAUUUCCAGUUGCCACCUCGAAAAGUAAUCAAAUUCGGGCUGAAUUUUUUGCGCAAUCAUUCGAGCAGCUAUCUGGAACAUCCUCUGUACAAGCGUGUAACAACACAAAACUGCGGCAAAUGUGGACGACGAAUCCGAUGCUGCAAGUUUGGUUUUAUUUUAUGUCGAAAAACCCACCAAGAUAGCCGUUCCAGGAUCCCAAGUAUAUGCCAGGAAGAUCAUCUCUGGCAUACACUUCUGGCCCCCAAACAAAUUUCUGCGUGUUUGCAGGAGAUGUAUCCGGAUGCAGUAGCACCGCUGGAUGGUUGCAAUGUGUCGGGCUAUGUGGCUGCCGAACUUGCAUCUUUAAGCCGUGGGCCUGCGUAUCAGUACGUGGAACCGCUACUGUGCCAAAUCUUAGGUACCAGGAUACCGGCUGUGAAUUGUGCCCGUUACUGUGAUAAGUGCCACUGUUGCUGUUUUGCGUAUAGCCCACAACCGAACGGGGAAUGUGUUCUAGCCAGCAGCAGUGAUCCGACAACACACUGUCCCAGUUCGCCAACUGCUCGUAGCUGA